AUGGCUGAAAUUUUCAAUAAUUGUAUUGAUAGCAAUUUGUCAGAAUCAAAUCAAGAACCAGAUAUUGAGCCAUUAGUUUUAGGUGUAGAUAUAAGUAUUGAUGGCCUGCCAGUCUCCAAAAGCAGUUUUGUUGAUGUUUGGCCCAUACUAGGUAGAUGUACGGGAUUAUAUGACCAAAGACCAAUUGUGAUUGGCCUUUUCUGUGGAUCUGGUAAGCCAAAACCAUUGGAUUCGUAUUUGAUGGAUUUUAUUGAUGAACUUAAGGUACUUCAGAAUGAUGGUAUUAAAUGCAAUAAUCAAGUGUUCAGAGUUUUUGUUCAUUGGUUUAUUUGUGACGCACCAGCUCGUGCAUACUUAAAGUGUAUCAAGUGUCACACAGGUUACAAUGGAUAUGAGAGGUGCAUUCAAGAAG